CAGCUGAAGCUCAGAGUGUGUUGGGGCAGCUGUGCUAAUCAGAGACAAGUCAGGUUAGACCAGUGUUGCUGCUCUUCUCCUGAAUCCCCUGCUGGAUUAAACACAACCUUCUUAGUCCCGCCGGAGCUGGGAUCAGUGCUCCUGCUGCUGUCUCUUCUAGGAGCUCGUGUGCCACACUCACUACUGUCGGGAUGGACAUGCGGCUGCAGGCAAGGAUGCUGCACUCGGUUCCUUGGGUUAUCUUCAGUGGGCUGGCUGUUCUUUGCCUCCUGCAAGGAGUGCCGGUGCGCAGCGGGGAUGCCGGCUUCCCUAAAGCCAUGGACAACGUGACGGUUCGACAAGGGGACAGCGCCAUCCUCAGGUGCACAGUAGACAACAGAGUGACACGAGUGGCCUGGCUAAAUCGUAGUACCAUCUUGUACACUGGCAAUGACAAGUGGUCGAUAGACCCCCGUGUGGUGCUUCUGGCCAACACAAAGAGUCAGUACAGCAUUGAGAUCCAAAAUGUGGACAUUUAUGAUGAGGGACCCUACACCUGCUCUGUGCAGACAGACAAUCACCCCAAAACCUCUCGUGUACAUCUCAUUGUGCAAGUUCCCCCUCGAAUUGUUGAUAUUUCUUCAAAUAUUGCUGUUAAUGAAGGCAGUAAUGUCAGCCUGAUUUGCAUUGCAUCCGGGAGACCUGAACCCGUAGUGAACUGGAGAUACUUGUCCCCUAAAGCACGGGGUUUUGUAAGUGAAGAUGAGUACCUGGAAAUCACAGGAAUCACUAGGGAGCAGUCUGGAAUAUAUGAAUGCAGUGCGUCCAAUGAUGUCUCGGCACCAGAUGUCCGAAGGGUUAAAUUAACAGUUAAUUACCCACCAUACAUUCUGGAUGCACAGAACAUCGGGGCUCCCCUUGGCCAUCGAGGUAUUUUGCAGUGUGAAGCCUCUGCUGUACCUGCAGCCGACUUCUUCUGGUACAAGGAAGACAAAAGGCUGAGUGAUUCAUGGAGGGGGGUCAAAGUAGAGAACCGAGAGACAGUUUCACGGGUUACAUUCCUCAACGUUUCAGAACAGGACUAUGGAAACUACACGUGUAUGGCAAAGAAUCUACUUGGGCACAGCAAUGCCAGUAUUAUUCUGUUUGAGUUAUUCCAGUCCACCAGCUCACCCUUACUGCAAGAAGAGUCCACAGCGGCCUUGACCCCCCUUAAAGGACCUGGAGCAGUUCAUGAUGGGAAUAGUGGUUCACCUCAGUGCCCCUUCUGUGCUCCCCUGCUUCUCCUCCUCCUGCUGCUUCCUUUCUCUCUUCUGCUUCCCCCUGCUCAGUUUUGACACAUGCAAAGAGUCAUGAAAGAUCCUCAGGGGAGGGCAACAAAGAAACAACAAGUCUAAAGUCAACAAAUAAUAUGAAGAAUUUAAAAAAAUCCGAUGUUGCAAAAUAUAUGGAGAAAAAGAUUAAAAAAAAAAAAAGAUUGUGGGAGAAUUAAAUCAGAAAACACCAACUGCACCUUCUUGUGUGAAGGGACUGAUGCAGGAAAAGGCCAGAGGCAGAGCUGAGAACUGUGCUGCACCAGUUGACAUGCCAAAAACUGGCAACCAUGAAAAACAUGUGACUUUGUCCUUUACAUCAAAGAGCAUCCUGAACAGACCAUGACUCACCCCCAUCAAAAAAAAACAUGGAGUUUACUGCUUCAUCUAAUCACCCAAGCUUUGUAUCCCUUUCACUCAUGGGUGGGGGUAGCCGACAUAGUAUUGCUCAACCUUUUUCAUGAUCAAGAUGCCUGCAGAGAAUAGCUCAACCUUACACAUUUGCUGGCAGAUCCAGCAGAGCAAUACUUAACCUUUCCCUGUUUAUGAGAGAGAUGUACAGCAUGAUAUCUUUCUCCUCAGCAAGAUAAGGGUUAAUGGAGCUACAACCAGCAGGUUUCUUUCAUAGGAAAAGGAUUGCAUUUUUUUUGCUGGAUUGUGUUGGUUGUCAGCGUGGAAUGUGUGCUGUAAUGUAGAAUGCUGUACUCCAAAUAAUGUGUCUAAGAUGAAUGAUUUUCUUCACAAAGUAAAUAAGUUGGAAGUGGUACAACAUAGACAAUUUCAGUGAGAAAUGUGUACAUAAUUCUCAUAUGACAAAUGCAUCAUUUAUUGGGUUAAAUACACAAAAUUACUUUCUCCUCUUAGCUUUCCUUCAUGGAUUAUAAAUGUAAUUGAUCCCAUUUCAAUUAACCAGAUAUAUGUGAAUACAUGUACAGUGAAACAAAAUGUACUAAAAAAUGAAUCCAGUUCUACUAGGCACAAACUAUAGUAGGGCAUGGCUGUGUAGUCUGAAAAGGUUGAACUUGUAUUGCAUUUGACGGAAUAUAAUAACUAUAUGGCCUUAAACUUCCACAAAUAAGCACACAAAGCAGGUACAGGAACUCACAGGUUAACACUUUGGUACUUAUAUAUGACAAUUAGUUAAAAGCAGGGAACAAUCCCAUUGGGAAUACAUUUUAAAGAUGUAAGAUGUGAACUUGACUGCAAAAUAAGCACUAGGAUUGACCACCAGAUUCUCAAAUGAAAGUGCUCAUCUCUUUUGGCAGUUAACAGGAACACUACAUAAAAGCAGUUAUUGGGUAGUAGAACAAGCCAGGUUGCCUUGGGUUGACUGACUAUUUAAGUUUCAAAGGCAGUAAAUCUAGAAUGAGUUCACCUGUUUGAUUAUGCACAAAAUAUCAACAUGCCCAUUAUAUUUAUUUGUUCCGGCAUAUGAGUUUGGGAAAGGACAGUUAUCCAACAGCUAUUGUUAGUAUAUGCUUGUCGGCAAUGCAUCAGAUUGUGUUCUGCACCAGUUCUGUUUAACUUCUUUGAAAUAGAAGACCAUAUUGUAUAUUGCUGCAGGUGUUGGAGAAUCAGCUGUUGCAGGAGAAGUUUCUCCUGUGCCACUACACCCCUAUUUCAAGUUACAAUUUUUGUUUUAAGCACACACAAGCAACAAACAUUAAACUGCAUUUACAUAGAUGUAGGCUGAGCAGACCUUAUACAGUAUAUAUUAUUUGCCAAAGUUGGGAUUUCAAGUCUACCUUCCUGUCUCAGCUAUUUCCUUUUAUAGCAGUGUGUUUUAGUUGUAGUAUUUCACCUUUGUGUAGCAGUUUGCUUCUCAUUCUUAUGUGUCUUUCUCCAUUUCCCCCUUAUUUUUUCAUCUUCUACCCUUUUCCUUCAUUCUGCUAACCUUCUGUUUUUCUUCAGCCCGGCUUUUAUUCUCUUUAUAAUGCAUAGUUUAUAAAUAUUUAAAUAUUUCCCCUCUAUUCACUGAUACGUCGGUGUCAGGCCAGACUGACAAUCGGUGGUUUCUAGUCACUAUUAGGUGGACAGCACUGUUUUAGACAUGCAGAAGAGGGGAGUCUGCACUUAGGACAAAAUACAACUAUAGUGCAUGACAGCAUUGUAAACAUAAUAAUGUUACACAUCGUUAGUGGUUUUCUUUACUUUGAAAUCAAUCCCAGGGUGUAGGGAGAGUAGGGAGUAAAAAAGCUCUUGAUAUCUUUUCAGCUGUCCAGCAUUUUUUUUCUCAAAUGGCAACAGGAUACUAACUUGCUGUAUGGAUGCUAUAUUAGGUCUCUCUGUAUGUAGAUCUUGCCAAAAACAUAAAUAAACUGUUACAGCCAUUAAUUCUAAUUUUGAUCUUCACCUCUAUACAAUUGCACAUUAUAAUUCUAUGUUACCAUGGUAUGACCAAAUUAGCCAAUGCAGAACUUAUCUAGGAACUAGAACAAAUUAAUGUAAAUAGUAUGUUGAUGCAAUACAUCUACUUCAAAAGACUCAAUCUAAAGCUAUCUGUACUGAGGGAAAGAUACUGUAGAUACUGAAAUAGUGUGUACAGUGAAUGGGAAAAAAGUAUUGUAUAGUCUAUGCUAUUUAUUAACUGGUGCCCUGUAUAUUCUGUGUAUAUGUAUGUGAAAUGAUGAGUUUUCUGCCUUUUGAAAUUAAUCACUCAUUAAUAAUGGGUAAGACAUUUUUGGAAAAUGUAUAAUAGUGUGUGCAUAUCUCACUGAAAUACCAAGAGCAUGCUAUUUCCAACCUGUUGCUUCAGGAAUCCUGUUAAGCCCCCAUUUUGCUGUCAGAGGCAAUUGCGAGAAGAGAAAUGUGUUUGUGUAUCAGGACACAAUCCUGAUAUGUCUUGAUAUGACCCUUGUUUAAAAUAUGCCAAAAUGUUUGCACCAUUUCUUAAAAAACAGCAUAUUAUUUAGCAGACCAGUGUAUGAAUGUGACAAAAGUGUAUUGAGAUAUAGCAUAAGAACAGCCCCCAUGCUAAAAAAAUAGGAUAAGGAUAGCAAGCUGUAUGACAACUGACAAAUGGUCCACACUUUGUAGAUAUCUAAAUUCUAGAUCUGAGGCAUUUGUCCACAGCAAUUGAAAAGGCAAGAUUUUUAAGCUGGUUGGGAAUUCUUUGGGAAAAAGUCUCGUCCAUAAUGCUAGUCCACAUAUUUGCACCAUAUUAAAAACCUGUCACCUAGAAGAAAGAUGUGCAGAGAAGACCUUUGACCUCAACAGUCAAUGCAAAUCUCAUUUAUAAUACUCCGCUUCAGAUUUCUUUCUCGUAUCACCCAGACCAUCAGCUUCAUGUUAUCAGUUUGAGUUUAUUAUAUAUAGAUAUUUGAAAAAUACUUGAUAAAUCACAAUAGUAAAUCAACUAAGGAAACCAACAGUGUAUGUGAAACAAGCCCUUACUCAAGAUAUAAACAAGCCCAUUUAUGGAUCCAAGUGCUAGUUGUAAAACCAUGUGUGUAAUUGUCUGCAUUUAAAUGCUGUUUACAAAGUUACUUGUACUUUGCAUCAAAAUAACAUUUAAUUGUGCUUUGCUAAAUAAGGAGCAAAUUACACAACCAGUGCAAGGGAAUCCUUAAAUUAAGAUGUAAGUUUGUAGCAAUUGUGCGUAUACUAAUGGCACGGGGGAAUUUUGACAUUUCAUUUACAUUUAUAAUUCUACCUGGUAUAAUCUACAUAUAGGCACCUUUUAGGUAUGAGAAUGCAGAGUACAUUCCUUUACUUUAAACCACUACAUUGGUUUCCUUUCUUGGUACUUCCCUGUUUUACACCUAAAACUUACAGCGAUGUUCAAGGCACAAAUGUUGCAGAUGUCUUUACUUCAAUGAAAAGGCUAUACUAUGUAUAUAGUGCAACAAUUCAAUGCCACAUUUUUGCACUAAAAUCUGCUUGUGAACAUGCUGUUCACUAUAUUUUCUGCCUUUUAGAAACGGUUCAUUUAAGACUGUAAAAUGUGGAUUGUGAACUAGUAAAAUUAUAUGAUUGCUAUCAUUUCAAAUGUAUGAUGUAGGUGUUGCAGUGCUUCUACUGGAGGAAUACAUGAAUGACACAGCAAAUUAAGAUGCAAAAUUAACAUGUAACACCUUUCAUUGGUAACUUGUAGAUUUUCUUCCUGUAUUUCUUAUUGACUCUGCACAAUUUAGAGUGGCCCUAUUUAUCUCAUUAAUUGUUACUCUGUUAUGACACACUUGCACAUUAACGGCUGUUAUUGAUAUUGGUAAGAAUAUAACAUUUUCUCAAAGUGCUCAUAUGGGAGUAUUCCUUUUCGCACGGAUAUUUAAUUCUACCCAUACUCAACUGUGUUUCCUGCCCUGUAUUUAUUAAUUUACCCACUUGCCCAUAUCUGAGUGAUUUUAAAAUAGAAAAUAGUUAACUAUGUGACAACCACCCCAAUAUUGUCUAAUAAGCCUUUGUCAGCGGCUCCCAACUCCAGUAAUCAAGGACUACUAACAGUCUUUGUAUCUAGAUUGUACGCUCUUUGGGGCAGGGUUUCCUUAUGCAUUAUGUCAUCAUCUGUUGGCUGCUCUUCUCUUGUUGUUUGUUAAUGUAUUAUAUUUUCCCUAUAUUUGUAAUCUUGUAAAGAGCUUCAUACACUAUUAACAAAGUAUAAAUAAAAUAAAACAUACAUACAUAUCACUGCUUGACUGUAGGUGUAUCGAUAUAUGUUGUCAACAUGUUGGCUUGAGGCUGGUGUUACUGCUCAGCUUGUGAAUGUGGUAAUGGUCUUUGAGGACUGGAGUUGGGAAUCACUUAUUUUCAUGGAAGCGGUACAAAUGGGUUAGAAUUCAUUAUGUAAACAAAAAUCUGCUAUUAGACAAAAAUUAAAACUUUUUGAACUUUUGGCAAAUUGAAAAACGACAGCCUCGGUACAAUAAAUAUCUUAUUAUCUAAAAAGAUAACAGAUUGUAGCUAGGCGAAGGGAGGGUUUAUUUAUAUAGAGUCUUUUCAGUAUGCUGCUGAUUUGUUCAACCUUUCUCAUUGGGAUCAGAAUGAAGUAUAACGUGACUUUAUAGUUUAAUUUUUAGAUUUUCUGUUUAAUGCAAUAAAUAACAAAACCAUAGAUAUUUCUUAAUUGGAACAAUAGACGAAAAGUAUGUUCAGAGCAAACUCUUUUCAUUGAACUGAAUAUGGAAAUACUGUUCUUUUAAAACACGUAUGAAUUCAUAAUGGAAAUUUGUUUAAUAUCAUCUUUGAAUGAACAGCUUUGAACAAAAAGAAUUAGGACAUGGGGUGUAAAUUCUAUUCUGGAACAAAUUUUGAUAAAAGUAAGCCCUUUUUGUAUUGACAUUCUAGUAGCUUCUGAAUUAGAAAUAAGAUUAUUUUAUACAACAUAGUUUAAGAUGAAGAGUGUAAUAUGAAAGGGUGAGGAAACAUAACUGAAAUUGUCUAGUUAUUUGUUCCAGUCUUGCUGUCUUCCAGUCAUCAAUCAUUAUACAAGGGUUUACAUUUUCUAGAAUAAACCAUUUCUCCCAUUCA